ACUUAAGUCCAAAGAAGUAUAUUUUAUUACGGGAACACUAGUCUUCUUCUUCUUCAAUAAGAAACCCUAGAAACCUACAACUUCAAAGCCAGCGACCAUUUCUCCGGCGAAUCGAAAUGGGAAAAGUUGUUAUUUCAUAUGACCGUCUGCCUCUUGUAGAUCCUGAUCCUGAUGAGCAUGAAGAAGGAAUUAAAGGUACUCUUACAAACCAACCAAAAACAGAAAUACGAAUUAUAAAUACCAACAGAGAUGAUGAAUUUGUUUUCACAAAUAAUCUUCUAAAUUGUUUAAGAUCAUAUGGUUAUGAUACAACCAACAAAUGUUGUUUGUAUGAACACUAUGAUAUUACUUUUGAAAAAUCGAUGGACAAUCCUCCAACUCGUCUCUUUACAUUUUUGCGGGAGUAUGCAACUGUUGAAGCAGAAAAAACAAAGCGCAAACAGAAUCCGCAGUGGAUUCCGCCGCCACAACCUCAAAUGAAGCGGUAUUACUAUGUUCCUGAUAAUCUUCGAAAACAAAUCAAAGACAUGGUUAGGUUUCUUUGUCAAAUAAUAUGCAACCAGGGGGUUUACUUUGAAAAAUUUGGUAGUGAAGGAUGGCAGUGUGAAAUUUUGGAGAGUAGAAUUUGUAGAGUUAAACAAUGAAAGUCUAGUGAGAGACUUCGGCUUUUUGGCUAAAUUAUUGGAAAAAGAAAUUUUCAAAGAAUUUACUAUUCCGGCUGAUAUGCAGUAUUUUAUCAAUCUGAUUGGUUCUGAAUUUGAUUUCAGCCUAGACAUAGAACAAUUGAGGUCUCUUGAACAAUGGGCAUUAAAUCAUGUAGCUAUCAUGAUAUCUGAGGAUAGACUUGCGUUUUUGCAAGAUAUCUAUCAAAAAUAUCAAGCAGGGACCCCUAAAAUUCAAAAUGAUUUUGAAGAUGUGUUUAUAUCAAUGGGACGGAAAGACAAGUGGGCUUCUCGUAUGAAUAGUAUAACAAUGGGUGCUAUUCAAGCUUGUUAUCAUAACCAUCUUGAUAACUCAUUUAUAGGAUAUGUUGAUAACCCUACAACUUCAUUGCAGAUCAUAGUUUCGAACCGGAGUAUGAUAAAGUGUUGGCGUAAUCUUGCCAUCCAUUUAUUAGAUGUCGGGAAAGAUUACCAUGCAAAAGGAAGUUUCACUCCUUUAAACAUGGAUUUAAUGAUUAUGGCAACGUUUGACAAAGAAAUAACAAUAUGUCAAAAGUUUUUGCAUUUCAAGAAUCUUCUACGGAAAAUUAAAACGGGAAGGAGAGUUGCCUAUGGCGUGAACAAGAAGAUUUUUGUCAGUUAAACAGUGGCCAUCAUAAGUUUGUCCAGCUUGUUUGAAGACUUUGUGAUUUGUUUUGCCUACUGCUAAGCUUUAUCGCAGUUUUGAUCACCUGUUACUCCGUUGUUAUGUGAGAAUUUCCUGGAGUGCUUGGUUUGAUUAGUUUAGACUAUGUAUUUGCAUUACUGUUUUAAGACUUUGUAAAGCUUCACCUUUUUGUAUUAGCAACAUUCGUGUGAUAAUUAUAUCCAGCAGAAUGAUAUGUUGUUUA